AUGGUCUUUUCUGAGGAUGUGGCUAUGGCUGACAAGAGUGUUGCUUUGCACGCGAAGGCCAUCAGCAACGCUACAGAGGAAGAUGUUUCCCAGUCCAAAUGGUCAGAUAAUCAAGCUGUUAUAGCAAGCGUGACACUAUCAGAGAUGCCUGCGCUCAGGCCUGCGCUCUCUGAUCCACCAGAAACGCUAGCAGAGAAUGUGUCUAGCACAACAAUGCCCCCACAAUGCUAG